GCUGUUAACGAUCUUUAUCAACUAUCGGGUCAAGGUACAUUCGAAAAACUGUUUGAAUUGUCUGUUGGUUUAAAUAGAUUAUACAGAUCUGAGAAUAUAUUUGACAAAGAUAUUAUGAAAAACUUAUUGUUCGCCGUGGAAAAAGUCGAUAGAGUUGCAGAUAGUUUAAUUCCCGAACAUUACAAUCCAACGUCAAACUGA